GCAGCUGAGCGCAGGCAGGCCGGGCCAGGCUAUGGCGUGGGCUGGAGGGUAGCAGGAGCGGCAGCGCAGCCGCCACCACCGCCGGAGUUUGCCCAGAUGCCGUGAGCCGCCGCCAUGACGGACGAGUGGGCCCCGCAGCUGGUGGACUACUUUGUGGUGGCCGGCUUGGCGGACACUUCGGCGCCGCUGGAGGAUGAGAGCCAGCCGCCUCGCCCGGCCCGGCCCGGCGAGCCCAUCGUGGACGUGGCCGUCAUCGUGCGCUCGCAGGGCGAAGAGGUGCCGCACGGCUUCACCUGCAUAGACCGCACCACCUCCGGGAACCCCGUGGAGCUCAACGCCGGGCUGCUCAACAACCCCCAGAUGUACAUCUGCUACAGGAGGGGCCGGGACAAGCCCCCCAUUGUGGAGUUGGGGGUGCACUACGACGGAAAAGACCACCCGAAGCCCGGCUACAAAAUCAUCGACACGACUCCCUACAGCCACUCGGCUAACCUGGCCUCCGGGGGCCCCGGGCACCAGCGCACUUUCCUGACGUACCGGCGAGCCAGCGAGACCCAGGCCUACAGCACACUGGGCAUCACGGACAUUUGCCUUAUCAUGCCCAGCAAAGGGGAGAGCCUCCCACACACCUUCUGCCGCGUGGACCGGAACCUCAACGCAGGCAUGUGGGGACCAGCCCUCUACAUCUGCUACAAGAUGGCAUUGGCAAAAGGGAACACUCUGGUUUACCAAGCAGGUCUCCUUAGUCGCUACCCGGAGGAGGACAACGAGGCUUUCCCGCUGCCGGAGUCCGUGGCUGUUUUUUGCCUGCCCAUGGGUGCGACCAUCGAGAGCUGGCCGGUCGACACGAAAUACCAGCUUCCUGUCUUCUCCACCUUCGUGUUGACCGGGGCUUCGGGAGACAAGGUGUAUGGCGCCGCCAUCCAGUUCUACGAAUCCUUCCCGCGGGAACGCCUCUCGGAGCGGCAAUGCAUGUGGCUGAACCUCCUCACCGUCGUCGACCGGCGCCCCAUCACCAGCAAAUCGGUGCAGACGCGCAAGAGCAUCUGCGUCUUGUCCCACUGGCCCUUUUUCGACGUCUUCCGGAAAUUCCUCACCUUCCUGUACCGCUACAGCAUCUCGGGGCCUCACGUUCUUCCGCUCGAGGCGCACAUCUCUCAUUUCAUGCACAAUGUCCCCUUCCCAUCUCCACAGCGGCCUCGGAUCCUGGUUCAGAUGUCUUCCUACGAUAACAUGCUCCUGUGCCAGCCUGUUUCAUCCCCUCUGCCGCUCAGUGGCGCCAGCUUCCUCACCCUGCUGCAGACGCUGGGUCCCGACAAUGCCGUGGCCCUCCUUGUGGCGGUGCUCACGGAACAGAAGUUGCUCAUCCAUUCCCUGAGGCCGGACGUCUUGACCAGUGUGGGCGAAGCCUUGGUCUCGAUGAUAUUCCCACUGCACUGGCAGUGCCCUUACAUCCCCCUCUGCCCACUCACCCUGGCCGACGUCCUGUGCGCCCCAGUGCCCUUCAUUGUCGGGGUCCACUCCAGCUACUUCGACCUCCACGAUCCGCCGCGCGACGUCACCUGCGUCGAUCUGGACACCAACACCAUCUUCCAGUGCGAGGAAAGGAAGCUGCUGUCGACGCGGUCCCUGCCUCGGAAACCUUGCAAGGUGCUCUUGGCUUGCUUGAACUCCCUGUACCAUCAGCUGGAUGAAAUGUACAACCGGCCCGUCGAGGAAGCCACCCUGGAAUUCCUGCUGACCGACUACGACGUCAUCUACGGCCGGCGGAAACAGCUGGAACUGGACAUCCAGGGGGCUUUCCUGCGCUUCAUGGCCUGCCUCCUGAAGGGCUACCGCUGCUAUCUCCUGCCCAUCACGCAGGCACCCUCGGAGAAGACCCGCGACUUCAGUAGCCUCUUCAACCUCCAGGGAUUCUUGAAGUCACGCGACCGGGCGUAUCACAAGUUUUACGGGCAGCUCCUUCGCACCCAGCUCUUCACGCAGUUCAUUGAGGAGUGUUCCUUCGUCAACGACCGCCACACGUCCCUAGAGUUCUUCGACUCUUGCGUGGAGAAGGUGCAGGUGGACCUGGAGAAGAUGGAGGAAUCUCCCCUGAUCGAACUAGACGACACUCAUGGCAGCGAACACACCGUCUUCAUCAUGCCCCCGGAGGAGCCCACCGGACCCAAUGGCGCCGAGCUGCCACCGCGCUACCAGUACGACGGCUUCCCCAGGCUGCAGGCCAAGCUCUUCGAGCGGCCCCAGGACCAGCUCAUGCCCUCACUCUGCCAAGCCCGGACCAGCGCUCCCAGCAGCCCAGCUCCACGCAGGACCAAACAGGAAAUGAAGGUAGCCCAGCGGGUGGCUCAGAAGUACUCCGCGAUGCCCGACAUGUGGGCCAAGUGUCUGCUGGGGCACUGCUACGGACUGUGGUUCAUCACGCUGCCCACCUACGUGCGGGCUGCAGCCUCCAAGGUGCGGGCCCUGCAGACAGCCUACGAGGUGCUCAAGCAGAUGGAGACCAAGAAGGUGGUGCUUCCCGAUGAGGUUUGCUACCGAAUCCUGAUGCAGCUGUGUGGUCAAUACGGCGAGCCUGUCCUCUCCGUCCGAGUGCUGCUGGAGAUGAAGCGGGCAGGCAUCGUGCCCAACACCAUCACCUAUGGCUACUACAACAAGGCCAUUUUGGAAUGCAAAUGGCCGUCUGGUACCCAGGGAGGCCGCCUCCGCUGGGCCAAGCUACGCAACGUCGUCCUGGGGGCCGCCCAGUUCCGCCAGCCCCUGCGUCAGCGGCAGCGCGAGGCAGAAUCGCAGAGCAUCAGUGGCCAGUCAGAAGGCAGAGGCAUCAAGAUGCCAGGCUCCCGGUCCCGGUCCCGUUCCAAUCUGCAGCGGCAGACGACUUGGUCUGGGGGCAACGUGACCGAGAACCUUCCGUCCACGACACUGGUGAAGAGUGGCAGCCUCAGUUUCCCUCAGCAUGAGCCAGAAGCUGGAGUGGCUCGUGUGACCAAGGGCCUGGGCGGCACAGACCACGGCAGCAGCAGCACGCUCCCCGCCCUGCCCCACUGGCUGCAAGGCCGGGCCGGGAGCUCUGAGGACGGGAGCCUGUCGGACGUCAGCAGCUUCUUGACGGACGAGAGCGACAGGUUGACCCUGAGCAGCGUGGACACUCAGCCAGGCCCGGGGCGGUUGGAAGGCUCCACCACGGGGGCGGAGAGCCACGGCGGCAUAGGGAGCGGCACGCCGCGCAGAAGCCUGGCUGCCAAACUCCAGCAGCUGCUCUCGCCCAUCAAGCGGCCGUCGCUGAGACACGGCGCCACCGCGGACCACCAUACGCACGCACGCCGCGGGUCCGAGCAGCGGGACCUCCCACCUCGCCGCAGCCCGCUGGAAAGUCGCUUGUUGCUUCCUCGCGAGCGCCCGGGCUCCACUGCCUCCGAGAGCUCCGUGUCCCUGGGCAGCGAAUACGAUUAUUCAGACAGCUCCUUGUGCAUUUUCAACCUCCGGAAAUCCACCGAACUGCUGACAGAAUCUCCAGCGGUUGAGGUCCUGCUCUCAAGCUGUUCCCGGUGCCAGGCCUGCAGCUCGCUGGUGUACGACGAAGAGGUGAUGGCCGGCUGGAGCUCGGACGAUUCCAACCUCAACACCACCUGCUCCUUCUGCGCCCGCCCCUUCGUGCCCUUCCUGAGCAUUGAGAUCCAGGAUUACCAGGCGGCCCCCAGCAUUGCUGACACAUCGGACACCAGCUCUAUCUCCUCCGAUUGGCCACGGGACAGCGAAGCCCCCGCCCCAGGGAGCCAGGGCCCCGUCCUCAGCGACCGCUCCCACUGCCUGUCUCUGGAUGAAGCUGAACCGGAACCCGGAAGGGAGUCCAGGGCUGGGGCUCUGUGCAACGGCUUCACCGAGUCUCCGGUUCCUCAGGGUCCGGCCCCCGAAGUGGAACACCUGGCCUUUGCCUACCUUAGCCCCUUAGUCCUGCGGAAGGAGCUGGAGACCCUCCUGGAGAACGAGGGGGGGGACUUCCUUUCUCAGCCGGAGCUGGUGGACAACCACCCAAUCAUCUACUGGAACCUGGUGUGGUACUUCCAGCGCUUGGGUCUGCCCAGCAGCCUCCCACAGCUGCUCCUGGCCAGCAAGCACUUCCAGUCAGCACCGCAGGGCUCGCCUCAGGAGGGGCUUCUCGUGUGCGUACGUUUGCUCUGGGAUGUGUUGACGCCAGACCCCGACAGCUACCCCCCACUUUACGUCCUCUGGAGGUUCCACGGUAACAUCCCGACCCGCCUUCAGUCCUGGCGCCGACACAACCACCCCUUCUCGCUCUCGUUCCUGGAGGCUGUGCUGAGCUCUGUCGGGAUGGGCGAGAUGCACAAAGCCAUCUCUCUCUUUCUGGACACGGUGAAGGAGCAGUCCGGCACGGCACACAUGCCGAGGAGUGUUUACCACGAGAUCCUCUUCUUGAAGCUGGCAGCCCUGGGCAGAGACCACGUGGACAUUGCCGACUUCGACAAGAAAUACAAGUCUGCCUAUUCUAAGCUGGCCAGCAGCAUGGGGAAGGAGACUCUGAAGCAAUGGAGAGCCCAGCCUCUCACCUCAAAGGCCAUCGACUGCCGGAAAAGCUUUGGGGCCAACCUGGAAUGCUAGCGGGGGGGCGGUGGGUCACCCGUGCCGCCGCCGCCAACCUCCCCCCCCCCCCCGCCGUGUCACCUCCGGCACCCCCUACCCUUCAAUUCCUGCAACAUAGGAAUCGCCAAGGACAUAAACGGGAGCUGAUAACCAAAUCGCGGCAGGACCCGGUCGCUACCACUGCAGGACCUCCGCAGGGGCAAACCAGGGAACCCCGAGACGAGAGGCCCAUCGCCGUCCUCUCCUCAGAGACCCUUCUGGUCGUCGUGGUCGUCCCCAUGGACCCCUCACAACCCCCCGGAGCUGAGGCGGGGUGUCCCGACGCUAGCCGGCGGUGGGGAGACGGCCGGUCUCAGGGACCACGUGCAUAUUGGGGUUUCGGGAGCGCCUCUCCCCUCCCCACCCCACACCUCCUGUCCCGGCACUGCACUCUGCACGUGCAUGAGAACACCCGGACGCCGUCCCCUCCCUCUCCUCCCCACCUGGGUCGAUCCCUCUCCCCACCCCAGAGAUCCUCUAUAUUUUUGUGCACUGUGUUAAUUUCUGGAAGGCAAGUCUGUCCGUUUCCUCCUGCGACACAUCAGGGUUCCAUUCAAGAAGAGGGCAACCUUUCCCGAGCCAAGUUGGGUUUUUGUUUUUACCGUCAGUGUU